UACUUGAAACUUCAAACAAAUAUCACAUACUGUAUCUUCCUCCUCAACCCUUCUCCUAGUUUCCUUCUAUUACCAAAUCGGAUUAAGAUGGACAAGAUUCAAACAUUGACAUCAGAGAAUGGAGUUGUGAUAUUUAGCAAGAGCACAUGUUGUUUGUGCUAUGCUGUGACUAUUCUGUUCCAAGAACUUGGGGUUGAGCCUUUGGUUCACGAGAUGGACCAUGAACCAGAUGGGUGGGAGAUCGAACAGGCUCUGCUAGCCCAAGGACGUAACUCCCCUCAUGUUCCAGCUGUAUUCGUAGGGGGGAAACUCAUUGGGUCCACCAACGAGGUCAUGUCCCUACACCUGAGUGGCGCCCUCAUCCCAAUGCUCAGGCCAUACCAGACACUCGCUUAGAAAGACCACAAGUUGAAGAAAUAAGUUUGGCUCAAGACCAUGCGUAGUAGCAGUUAUUAUAUAUUCAACUAGUUUAGCUAUUAUUCUAUUAGAUUAAAGGUUAUGAAUGUAGGAUAAUAUCAUAAUCAGUAGCUUUUAGGUUAUUAAUUUAGCUGUCUUGAUAUGUUCGCAUGUGUUCGAUGAGAAGACAUGGUUAUCCUUCAUUUGAAUGUGAUUACUAAUUAUCUAGUGCA